AUGGCAUCUUUUAAGGUUUCUGGAAAAGAGAUCGUCGACAUUAAAUUGUUUGAAGCUUUCCCAGAUCAUCAAGAUCUUCAAAGAUUAUUUUUCGAGAGGAAAAAAAGAGCUUGGUCUCAAUGCUCCGAGAUAAUCAUUUCACGCCGAAAUAGACAGUCACUAAUUCGUCCCAUAGUGUCCGUCUCUUCACAACCAUCGUCCGAUUCGAUUGCGUCUACGUACAACAUUUUAAAACCAACAUCCGCGAGAUUCGAUCGGGAUACCCAUACAUCCACAAAUGGCUUCGGAAUCUCUACUGGAACCAUGCAGCUUUCAAGGACACGACAGAGUUUACUCAUAUUAAGUGUCACUACACGAAAAGCCACACACAGGUAAGCUCUCCUUUCUUUCAUCAAUUGGGGCUGAUGCGGCGAAAAUCAUUUCGGGGAUUAAUCGUUGGUGUGUCACUUUAGAUCAAUCCUUAUAGUAUUACGCCCGUUGGACCUGAACCUCCAAUUUUGAGGGAGGAUGAAGAAGUUCCUGCGGUGAAGUAUGCGUUGGCGAUGGCAGCGAAGAAAUGA